AUGGUGUCUCUUUUGGCUGCACUUCUUCCCUACCAUUGCACGGAAUGCUGCAACAGCGACGAGGCGAAACCGCCGAUCGUCGAAGGCUACGGAGACCUUCCUGGCAUUGUCCAGGUGGAGGAGCCGGGGCUGAAGGACGAUCUGCUCGCCGAGGCUCCACUCACCGCCACGGUGGUGACGGAGGAUUCCAAGCCCGAAGUUGAAGGUCAGACCCUCUCAGACCAGCUUUCCGAAAGCGGUAGCGAUGUGGUCAUCGAGGGUCACGACGAUGGAAGCAUAGUGUCCGAUAGAUCGGACAUUAGCUGUAGUGAUGUCGUCAUCGAUGGAGAACUUUCCGAUACCUCUCCCGUGUCUUCGCCCUCAAAGCGUAACCGACGUGGGGCAGAGCGCAAGAAGAAGGAACGCUCCGAACCCAAGGGCAUGAUCCUGGGAGCAGGAGACGAGGAGGAUGGAACCGUCAUCUCGGGAGCCCUAGGCAUCAACAUCGACAACCCAGGCAAAAUUGCCGACUUCUACGACCUUGGUAGGUCGAUAGGAGAAGGCUCCUUCGGAGCAGUUUUCAAGGCGACCGUGCGCGCCACGGACGCCGUUCGUGCAGUAAAGCGCAUCCCGCUGCCGAAAUCAGGCCGGGACCGCGAGCUACGCUUGGACUUCUUGAAGCAGGAGAUCCGUAUCACUAAGAUGAUGGAUCAUCCGAGCAUUGUCAAGCUCUUCGAAGUCUUCGAAGACGACAAGAGUGUGUAUAUGGUUAUGGAGCUCUGCCGGGAUGGAGACCUCGAAGAGCACAUCCAGGAGGGCGGCUUGGAUGAGCUGGACGCUGCAACCGUCAUGCAGCAGAUCUUGCGGGGUGUGGCCUACAUGCACAACCACAGGAUAUGUCAUCGAGACCUGAAAUCAGAGAACAUGUUGCUGGUGAUGCGGCCCGUGCCAAAGGCAUCGAAGCAUCCCCACUCCAAGUUUGAGAGCGCUAUACGGAUCUCGGAUUUCGGCCUGUCGUGCACAUAUGCGGACGGGCAGAUGUUGAAGCGGAACUGCGGUACGGACAGUCACAAGUCUCCCCAGGUCUUUGCCCACAACUACAACUACAAGUGUGAUGUGUGGGCCUGCGGCGUCAUCAUGUACUUCCUUCUGAGCGGGAGUCUGCCGUUUGAGGGCCGCGAUGCCGAGGAGAUGCAGAAGAAGAUCACCAACGCGAAGGUCACCUGGUGCCAGGAGUGGAUGUCGCGAUCAGGUGAGGCCAUGAACUUAGCCCGCCAGCUUCUCCACUCCAAUGAGGGCUCUCGGAUCGAAGCCUCCCAGGCGCUGAAGCACAAGUGGUUCUCCAAGAGGGUGCCCAGAAGGAGGUUAGCGGCUGUGGACGAGGAGAUCCUUAACAGCCUCCGUGGGUUCCGGAAGCUCAACAAGUUCCGGAAGGCGUCGCUGGCGGUGAUAGCGAGCAUGUUGCCGGAGAAGGUCAUCCGCCCUGGUCGAGACUUGUUCAUCUACCUGGACAAGGAUGGUGAUGGCGAG